GACACCACAAUGGCCCCAGCAGCCCCGGUGAUGGAAGAGCUCUACUAACAGGACCCAGUGGUGCCAGGGAGCUGCAGCAUCCCUGCCCCAUUACACAUGUGCCAGUCCCUGUGCAGGGACACUGCCAUCAUCCCGGGGUAGGGCUGCUGCUGCCAGCAGGGGAGCCCGGCCAGGAAUACUCCGGUGACUGAAACACCAGAAGGCCACAGCAAAGACCAGAAGACAGCAAAGGGAAUGGGCGACCGCAAAGCAAAACAGGAUGCUCCCCAAGCCCCACCCAACCCCAAGGGAUCCCCAGCACAGCGCCGCACAGAUCAGACCUUGGCCUCCCGCUUUGUUCCUGUUGUUGCCCACCCUGGGGGUCAGGACCCUGACUCCUUCAGGUUCUGCUUUUACACACGGCGUUGCUCCAACUCAUACAGCCCUUUCUACACCUCACAGCGUCCGACCUGUGGGUACCACUUUCACUAUGACACCGAUCACACCAGGAAGGUGAUGGACAUCCAGAGUGCUAACCUUGCGAAGUGGGGACCCAAGCCAACUCAAAGCCCCAGGGCAAAGAAAUAAACCCAAGCAAUGAGAGCAGCA